AUGCUUCUUAAGUCACUUGGGCUCCUGUUCCUUGCGUCUGUAACAGUCGCUGAUCUACACUCUUACUGCGCCUGCCAGUUUGGCAGAGACAAGGAACUUGACUUUGAGACUACCAAGAAAGUCGCCGAAGACCCUUGCAGCAACCCAUUCACUUGGGGAGAGAAGUGCAUCGAUGGUGAUGACUUUGUCCGCCAGUGCCGCAAAUUCAACCCCAAUGCUGAUGGGGCUUGUGUUGAGUGCCCCGGCUGGCCAUCGCAGAGUGGCAAUGGGGAGAUCAUUUGCAACUAG